AUGGCCGAGAGCGGCUACUCGCAAGACAAGAUGGACGCGAUCUUGGAGCCGAUCCUCGACAGCAUCGAGCAGCUGCGGGCGGAGAGCGCGAUCGUGCGAGAGAACUCGCAAGAGGCCAAAAGCAGCGUCAUGCGGCUGCAAGCCGAGAUGAAGCGCCGCGACGCACUCAUCCAAGCGCGCAACUCCAAGCACGAAGGCAACGUCAAGAUCCUCAUGGACAAGCUCACGCACGACCUCCGCGCGUGUGUGACGCAGAAUGAACUCAUCGGCUUUGAGCAAAAGUCGCUCAUCUUGCUCAAGCAAGAGAGCCACAAGCUCUCGGAUGAGUUUAGUGGCCUCUUUAACCGCACGCAGGAGGAAAUUCACAUGGUGCGCAGUAUGCAAGAGGACAUCAACUCGAGCCAAGCCGAGGCGCUCCAGAAGACCCAGAACCGCGUCGAGAUUAUGAGCGACAAGAUCGAAGAGAUCCUCAAGACGCAGGAAAAAUUUGCGAAAAUGCUCGACGAGCUCCGGCGCAACUCGCAGGCCGAGCACCAGCACAUCCAAACGAUCAUCACACAGCAAGGCGUUAUGAAGGAGAAGCUCCAAGCGGUGAGCGACAAGCAGUGCAAAGGCGACCAGUUCACGGCCGACCUCGCCCAAGCCUUUGAAGAUGCGUCCCAAAACAAGCAAAAGGCCGAGGACAAGAUCAAAGAAAUCAUCGAGUUGCGCGCCGAGGCCUUGCACAACGAGAUCAAGCGACUCGACGACAUUUUUGUCUCGUGCUCGGUCGAGACGCUCUCCGUGGACGUCAAGCGGCACGCCGACCGCAUCGACAUGGUCGAGCACACGGCCAUGGACAACCGAAAGAAGAUUUCUGACCUCGCGCAGCACGUGAGCGACACGGAGGUCAUCUACAACACAAACUUCACCACGAUCUACGAAGGCAUUGAGCGUGUGAGCCGCGACGCCAGCGAAAAUUUAAGGAAGGACGCGACGCGGCUCGGUGCCAAGAUCAAGGAAAGCCAGGACGCCCACUCGAGCUUGAUCAAGAUCGUCGUUGACAACAAGUUGGACACGGAGAAGAAUUUUGCGACCAUGCGCACCAAGGUCGAGAACCACCAGCUGGAGACCGAGGGCAUGAAAGUGCACACGGAGGCCGCGCUCUCGUCCAUCAAGGAGAAGCUCUCGUACCUCGAGCAAGGCAAUCUUUCGUUCCGCACCGAGUACGACGCGGCGCAGACCAACAUCCAGCGGACGUUUGUGCAGAUUGCGACCGAGACGGCUAGCACCCAAGUGAUUCUCGACUCGGUGCACGCGACGCUCGAGACCUUUGCGGGCAAGCAAGACGUCUUCAACGAGCAGAUCCAGGCCAUGCAAGCCAGCACGCGCAACAUGACGAUCACAACGCUCAACAAGGAGCUCGACAUGCUCUGCGACGCGUUCGUCGCCGAGUGCUGGAAGUUUGAGAUCUCUGCGCGCCAAGAAGGCAAGGUGGCGGCGACCACGAGCCGCGCCGACAACAAUGGCACGAACCGCAAGCAGUUUUCCGAGCGGCAGCAGAAUUUCCUCAUCAAGAACGCCCAGUUCUUUGCCGACCUCGUGUGCGCCAAGGCCGAGUACGAAGUGCUCAAAGUCGCCAGUAACAAGGAGGUGCAACGACUCGAGAUGCUUGCUAUUCGCGGCCAAACCGAACUCGAUGCCAAGAUGGUCCGCCUCCAGCUCGACAUCGUCGAGAAGCUUAACACGCGCAUGCUGGCCAAAGUGUCCAACAACAAGAACACGGGCGAGCAGUUUGAUAAAGGCUCGAUCGAACGGCGCGAGGUCUUCAUGCACACCCUCGCCAAUAUGCUGGGUGGCGCGAUCAGCCGGCGGACGCUCAGCGGUGGCAGCGUCGCACCCGAAGACAACCAUCAACCCCAAGGCGACGGGCAUUUCCUCGAGACUGUUCGGCUCCAAAGCCAAGCACGACCGUCAACGACGGCGGGCGGUCGACCCACGACCGAGAGUCAAAGUACAACCAGUCCGUUCAACAAGCGGCGCGACUCAAGCGCCGCGACGGGCUUCGGAGUCCGCGCCGAGAGCCCCGUCCUUGACGCUGACGCGCGGCGGAUGAUUCAAUCACCGCAUUCCAGCGCACCGUACGUCUACCGCGGUGGCUUUCGCAUCCCGAACCGCCACUCGACCAUCAACAUCAUGUCGGAUGCCUUCCGGGACAUGCACCACGACGACGGCGCAGUGAUCGACGAUUUUGUCACGGAAGAUGCUGGCGUCCACGGUCAAACCGAGCCGCCGCUCGCGUCGUCGUCCGUGUCCUUGCCGGCAUUGUAG